AUGGCCAACACAGUCCAUCAUCUGAAGACCAUGGUCAACACAGUCCACCAUCUGAAGAUCAUGGCCAACACAGUCCAUCAUCUGAAGACCAUGGUCAACUCAGUGCACCAUCUGAAGACCAUGGAACAAAGGUCAACGUCGCUGUCCAUGGUGCUGAGGACAAGCAUCAUCGGGCAGGGGCGGGGCAGGGGCGGGGCAUUGAGCGGCCGGGUGCAGGAGGGGAAGGAGCAGUGGAGAGACUGCAAAGUAGGGAAAAGAAACCAAUUCUGUCUGAAAAGUGUGAAAGCAAACAUUAAAACCUUCGUCAACUCUGCACAACUGGCACCUGCGAAGCAUCUGCCUGGUGGUCAAGACGUGGUCCUGCCUCGCCAAGCUUUGGUCCUGCCUCGCCAAGCUUUGGUCCUGCCUCGCCAAGACUUGGUCCUGCCUCCCCAAGACGUGGUCCUGCCUCGCCAAGACUUGGUCCUGCCUCGCCAAGACUUGGUCCUGCCUCGCCAAAACUUGGUCCUGCCUGGCCAAGACUUGGUCCUGCCUCGCCAAGACUUGGUCCUGCCUCCCCAAGACGUGGUCCUGCCUCGCCAAGACUUGGUCCUGCCUCGCCAAGACUUGGUCCUGCCUCGCCAAAACUUGGUCCUGCCUGGCCAAGACUUGGUCCUGCCUCGCCAAGACUUGGUCCUGCCUCGCCAAGACUUGGUCCUGCCUCCCCAAGACGUGGUCCUGCCUCGCCAAGACUUGGUCCUGCCUCGCCAAGACUUGGUCCUGCCUCGCCAAAACUUGGUCCUGCCUGGCCAAGACUUGGUCCUGCCUCGCCAAGACUUGGUCCUGCCUCCCCAAGACGUGGUCCUGCCUCGCCAAGACUUGGUCCUGCCUCGCCAAGACUUGGUCCUGCCUCGCUAAAACUUGGUCCUGCCUGGCCAAGACUUGGUCCUGCCUCGCCAAGACUUGGUCCUGCGUCGCCAAGACUUGGUCUCAAGCUGUCAAACAAUUUAGCCUGUUGCCUUCCCUUGUUGCCAGCGGACACUCUUUCAAGAAAAAAAGGGGAGCAAAAGAAGCACAACAAACACAAAAUAGAAACAUAAAACAUUGAAUCAGCAUCAUAAGGAAGGCCUCACUGGGAGAUAAACUCUCCUGAUUGGCAAUCAGGGACAGGUGAGCCUCUUGAUUGGCAAUCAGGGACAGGUGAGUAGAAGAGUGCACAUUAGCAGUGGUCAAGUCGCAGCCAGACAGGAAGAGGAAGUAAAAUAAGAGCGCUGGACAGGAAGAAAGAAAAACAACAAAAAAGACGGAAACAAAUGUACUUUUAUUUCCAUGCCACCAUGUUUGUGUCAGGGUUUCAGUUCUGGAUGUAUUGAUUCAGUCUUUAUAGCUUAUUAUCAUGUUCAUGUUUUAUUGAAUUGAUCACAACUAAUUAUGAGUUAACGAGGUACAAAAAGCAAUGAGUCACAAUUAGCUAUUUUCUCUGAGGCCAGCAAACAAUUGGAUGUGUUUAAGAUUCCUGAGGCCACCAUUGGAUUCAGAAUGGAUUGUUGCAAAGUCUUAUUUGGUAGAAGAAUGAGAAGGAAGCUCCUCCUGGUUCCACGGAGAAGGCCUAGAAACAGAUUUUUUUCAACGUAGGUUUUUAUUUGUUGGAAAUUUCCAAAACUUGAAUUCUGAUCCUUUUUGAAUGGAGAUGAAUAAAAACCAGGAUGUGAAUGUAAUUUAGUGGCUGACUAUAUUUGCCUUGAGUGCUUUGGGGAAAGGUCCUGAAUGAAGGUGGGAGAUGAUU